AUGCCUGAAACAGUCCUUGUUAUCGGUGGCACUGGUGCCCAGGGAGUCCCUGUCGUCAAAGCCCUUGCGUCUGACGGUAAAUAUGCCGUCCGCGUUCUUACCAGGAAUGCUUCUUCUCCCGAAGCAAAGGAACUUGCCGCAAUCCCCGGAGUCACGAUUUUUGAGGGGGAUAGCUACCAUGAGCCCACCCUUCUGAAAGCUUUUGAGGGCGUCUCAUACCUUUUCGCCAACACCAAUGGUUUUGCUAUUGGAGAAAAGGCCGAGGUCUAUUGGGGUACCCGCCUUUACGAAUUGUCCCGGCAGUUUGGCCUGAAGCAUUUCCUCUAUGCCGGUCUUGAAUAUGCAACUAGGCUCGGAAACUACAACCCCAAGUACAGAACCGGGCAUCUGGAUGGAAAGGGCAAGGUUGUCGACUUCAUUGCAGCCCAGCCAACUAAGCCAAUGGCAUGGUCUGUCUUAACCUCAUGCCUCUAUAUGGAAGGUCUAUCGGAACUUCUUCGACCCUUCCCUAACCCGAGCGACCCUGAAACAAUGCUCUUUGCUCUGCCCAUUGGAACUGCAAAGAUGCCACUUAUUUAUCUCGAAGAUUAUGGCUCUUACGCCCGAUGGCUAUUUGACCACCCAGAGCGCAGCAACGGCCUUGAACUCCAUGUUGGAACUGAAGAUAUUGCAUGGAAGGAUGUUGCUGCGGCUUUUACAGAGGUUACCGGCAAAAAGGCAACUCACUGGGAUGUCAGUUUGGACGAAUACUUUAAAUUGGGAAUCUUCCCCGAGCCAGAUGCCAUAGUUGGUCGUGCUGCAGGUGGUGGCAAUGAUUCCACCCUGUUUACGUUCCGUCAGAACUUCUCGGGCUUCUGGAAUACCUGGAAGGAUGAGCUGACCAAGAGGGACUAUGCUCUGUUGGAUGACAUUUUGCCCACCAGAGUCAAGUCGGUAAAGGAAUGGAUGGUAAAGGUUGGCUAUACCGGAGAGCCUUCGUCGGUGCUGAAGGAUUACCGUGACCAAGGCUUUUUCGCCAAGGACAAGCAGUAG